AGCAGCGAGCGAGGGCCGGAGGGCUCCUGCCGGGCCCGCCAGCCCCCUGCCAUGUCCGACCCCAUCACGCUGAACGUCGGGGGGAAGCUGUACACCACGUCCCUGGCCACCCUCACCAGCUUCCCCGACUCCAUGCUGGGUGCCAUGUUCAGCGGGAAGAUGCCCACCAAGCGCGACAGCCAGGGCCACUGCUUCAUCGACCGGGAUGGCAAGGUCUUCCGCCACAUCCUCAACUUCCUGCGCACCUCGCACCUGGACCUGCCCGAGGACUUCCAGGAGAUGGGGCUGCUGCGGCGCGAGGCCGACUUCUACCAGGUGCAGCCCCUGAUCGCCGCCCUGCAGGAGAAGGAGGUGGAGCUGUCCAAGGCGGAGAAGAACGCCAUGCUCAACAUCAUGCUGACGCAGCGGGCGCAGACGGUGCACUUCACGGUGCGCGAGGCCCCGCAGAUCUACAGCCUGUCCUCCUCCAGCAUGGAGGUCUUCAACGCCAACAUCUUCAGCACCUCCUGCCUCUUCCUCAAGCUCCUGGGCUCCCGGCUCUUCUACUGCUGCAACGGCAACCUCUCGUCCAUCGCCAGCCAGCUGCACGACCCCAACCACCUGACGCUGGACUGGGUGGCCCACGUGGAGGGGCUCCCCGAGGAGGAGUACACCAAGCAGAACCUCAAGCGGCUCUGGGUGGUGCCGGCCAACAAGCAGAUCAACAGCUUCCAGGUAUUCAUGGAGGAGGUGCUGAAGAUCGCGCUGAGCGACGGCUUCUGCCUCGACUCGUCCUACCCGCACGCCCUGGACUUCAUGAACAAUAAGAUCAUCCGCUUGAUCCGGUACCGGUAGGGGGCGCCGCAGAGGGGCUCACGGCCGCCGCCGCCACUGGCACCUGCACAACCAGAUGGGACCCGACCUGCCUCUGACCAGUGUCGCCUUUGCUCUGGCCCCUUCGAGCUGGGGAUGGAGCUGGGACAAGUCGGGGUGGAGGCGGCUGGGCUGGAAUAUUGGCAGGGAUUCCUCCAGGGGGCUCGUCCCUGUCCCCCGGGCCCCCUGCAGGAGAGGGUUGGGGUGAGGGCAGGAAGCUUCUCCCAGGUCUCCCAGACGGCCCUGCCCAGGGCCCGGCUGUGAAGUGCACUUUCCUCCCGGCCAGGAGGAGCUUGGAGUCAGGCCCAGGGCUCAGACAGAGGGUUGCCGUUUGAGGGGCUCCUGGCUCUGGAAGCAGCCCCCAUCCCUGCGAAAACUCGGUCAGCGAGGCCCAGCGUAGCGGAUGACCCUGGGGACCCGCCUCAGGUCAUUCUGUGCCCUUGACCGUGGUGGUUUCCCACCAGUAGAUUCGAAACUCUCAGGGUAGACACCGUCGGACAGUCUCACGUGGCCUUCCCCGCCCCGCCCCGCCCAGCCCCGGCCUCCGCCCGCUGCACUCGCCUCUGCCCGCCAGAAGCAGGUUGUUUUCCAGGCCAGCCACUGGCUGCUGGAAAGUUCUUUCUGGGCCAGGCAGAUAGUACGGGGCAAGGAGCUUGUAUUGUCCACAGCCGAGCUGGCUUUGAUCCCCAGCUCCUCAUAGCGUCCCCUGCGCCCCAUCGGGAGUGACCCCAGAGCCAGGAACAAGGCCUGAGCUCUGCCGGGUGUGGCCCCCAGCCCUCCCCCCACACACACAGGGGAAAGAAGUUUCUUACGCGGGAGCUGGCUCCUUCUGCAGUGCUCUCACGCAGAGCUCAGUGUCCGCUGUGGAGGCCACUCUCCAAAGCAGAGUUGGCCCCUGUCAUUCGGCCACAGAGUCAGUGACCCGCCCCCACCCCCCACCCCUGCCCGCCCCGU